UGAAACCUCCAGUGAUCAUCUGCUGGGCUCCAGGCUAAAGUCUACAGGGGUCAGGGCCUGUACAGCCCCAUGACAAACACUGCUGCCUGAGCCUCUCAGUGACACCCUAUGACAGGGGAGGAUGGGUGAUGGGCCCGUGAAAUUCAGCGGCCUCUCUCCUGCUUAUCCCAUCCUCUCAUGGAGCAUCCUGUUAGACCGAGCCCCUCCUGGAACACUUCUCUCUCUGGCCUCCCCACAUUUCCAGCCUCACUACACCCAAAUAUCUCUAACGUGACACCGCCCAUCACAAGUAUCCGGGGUGGGGUCGAUCUGAACCAGUCCUUGGCACUGUGUGCUAUGCUCGUCAUGGAUGUGCUGGCAGUUGUGGGGAACUUGGCCGUGAUGAUUGUCAUCACCAAAACGCCGCACCUGCGCAAGUUUGCCUUUGUGUUCCACCUCUGUCUGGUGGACCUGCUGGCAGCGCUGUUUUUGAUGCCCUUGGGGAUGCUGUCAGACCGAAUCCUGGUGGACGAGGCGCUGUGCCGGAGCUACCUCUGCCUGAGUGUGUGUCUAGUGAGUGCUGCCAUCCUCACCAUAUGUGCCAUCAACGUGGAACGCUAUUACUACAUCGUCCACCCCAUGCGUCAUGAGGUCAAGAUGACAUUGGGGGUGGUGGUGAUGGUACUAGUGGGAAUCUGGAUUAAAGCCAUUGUCAUGUCAGUGCUGCCUCUCCUAGGAUGGCUGCUCCAGGGGAACCAGGUUCCGGGGGCUCCUUCGGUCAUCAUUCGUGGUCAGAGACACUGCUCCCUUCACUGGACGGGAGGCAGGACCAUGCGGCUGCUUUUCAUGGUCUUUUUUACAUUCAUCUAUUUCCUGUGCCCUGUGCUGAUCAUUUUGGUGGUCUACUGCAACAUGUUCAAGGUGGCGCGAGUUGCAGCCAUGCAGCACGGCCCCCUUCCCACUUGGAUGGACUUGCCGCGACAACGGUCCGAGUCCAUCAGCAGCCACUCCACCAUGGCAGCCAGCCUUGGGGGCACUGGCGCCCGCACCACCCCUCAAAGGACCUUCAGUGGCGGGAAGGCCGCAGUGGUCCUGGUGGCAGUGGGUGGCCAGUUCCUUUUCUGCUGGCUGCCAUAUUUUUCCUUCCAUUUCUACUCGGCUGUUGUGUCUACCUCUCCUGCUUCGCUGGCCCAGCUCGAGGACGUGGUUACAUGGAUUGGCUAUUUCUGCUUCACCUCCAACCCCUUCUUCUAUGGCUGCCUAAACCGGCAGAUUCGUGAGGAGCUGGGCCGCCACCUGGCUUGCCUCUUCAAGCGGGUCGGGCCCGGCGAAGGGGAGCAGCUGCCCAGCCGCGAGGCCUCUAUUGAGGAGAACUUUAUGCAGUUCCUUCAGGGCACUGGAUGCAAUCUGGAGCCCUGCAACUCGCACAGCAGAGUGAGCCUGGAGGAGUCAGAGACUGAGGGCCUUCAGGAAUCAGCUGUUCAGCAGAACACGCCAGCUGACUUCCACAUCCCAGGGCAGAUCCUUGACGAAACCUCAGAGUUCAUACAGCGGCAACAGCUGAACAAUGAGCUACAUGUAUCAGAGAACUUUUUCAAAACUGUACCAGAACUGUAG